UCCUAUUUGUUUUUUUUUCCUCUCUCUAUCUCUCGCGCAUACACACAUUUUACACACACUUGACUCUGCCAAACAGGGCCCAACACCACCGUCCCCUAUCCCUUUUCUCUCUAACUCUUUCCCUUCCCGUCUCAGAAAUUUCCACGUACUCGAACAACUUCCUUCGCAUGGUCAAUGAUCACUUUUCCGAUCACUUCCUCUCGCCGGCCAAUUCAGCAAACUAGGUUUUCGUAACUUUCUAUCUCGGAGCUCAAUUUCUCAUGGACGAUGAUAAUUCCAUCCCGCAGAUGUGCCGCCCUUGUGUAGAAGAACCUCAGAGUCAAAGGUUGCUCGAGGACGCCGCAUCGUCAGUAGAAAACUGCACAUCAAUUCAGGAUAUGGAAGGGAAGCAGCUGGUUGGAGUUCCGGGAACGAUGUCCGCGGUUGCUACUGGAAAUUCUAAUUCUCCGGCGAAGUUGAAGACGCCGAUGGAGAACGGGAUCGGCUUUGCUGAGAAGACGAAGCGAGGACGGCCGCCACGUGGAGCAGUAGUUAAAGCUCCGCAACCAAAGAGACAGCGAGAGGAGGAGGAAGGGGAAGAUGUCUGCUUUAUUUGUUUCGAUGGUGGUUCUCUUGUCCUAUGCGAUCGCAAGGGAUGUCCGAAGGCAUACCAUCCAGCUUGUAUUAAGCGGGAUGAGGCAUUUUUCCGCUCCAAAGCUAAAUGGAACUGUGGUUGGCAUGUUUGUAGUGUAUGUCAAAAGGCUUCCCACUAUAUGUGCUAUACUUGUACAUAUUCAGUGUGCAAAGGAUGUACAAAAGAUGCUGAUUUCUUCUGUGUUCGAAGAAGCAAAGGCUUUUGCUCAACAUGCAUGAAAAUUAUCAUGCUGAUUGAGAAUAUAGACCAAGGGAUCAAGGAGAUGGUUCAAGUAGAUUUUGAUGACAAAAGUAGCUGGGAGUAUCUCUUCAAGGUAUAUUGGAUGUACUUAAAAGAAAAAUUAUCAUUAACACAAAGUGAACUUAUUCAAGCCAAAAAACCUUGGAAAGGAUCAGAUACAGUACAUGCUAAGCAACAGCGACUACCUUUUUUUCAUCCUGUUGCAUUUGAUGGCAAAGGUAUUGUGGGCAAGUCUUUUGACCAUCUGGAGCUGAAAAAACCCGAACAAUUGCUGGAGCCACCUUGCAAGGAUCCUCCAAUCACUGAAAUCCAAAUAAUUGCUGAGGCUGAAAAUUUAUGUGGUCCUGGUUGUACUCCACAGUUGGAGAAAACGCAGCCCAUAGAUCUAGAGUUACGGAGGAAUGGUUCUUUAAAGAAAGAAGAAGCAAGUGCUUCCAUGGGGACAUCAUUGAAUGGACGCAUGGAAUGGGCGUCCAAAGAGCUUUUGGAGUUUGUUGCACACAUGAAGAAUGGUGAUACUUCUGCUCUAUCACAUUUUGAGGUCCAGGCACUAUUACUAGAGUACAUAAAGAGAAAUAAACUUCGAGAUCCUCAUCAGAAAAGUCAAAUAAUUUGUGAUUCGAGGCUCAGAAGUCUUUUUGGAAAACAUCGUGCUGGCCACAUAGAAAUGCUAAAGCUUCUUGAAUUUCACUUUCUGAUAAAGGAGGAUUCGCAGGGGAGUGCAUUUAUACCAGCUGGAAUUGUUGGAAAUGUUACUAGUCGUGUGGAGGCUGAUGAUAAUAAUGAUAUCUCAUUCUUGAUGAAUAAAACUAAGAAACGUAAAUCGCGUAGACACUCCGAAGAAAGUUUAGUGCAGAUAAAUCUAGAUGAGUAUGCAGCAAUUGAUGCUCAUAACAUCAAUCUCAUAUAUUUGCGCCGUGAUUUGAUGGAGAGUCUUAUUGAAGAUAUGGAAAAGUUCCAAGGCAGAGUUACUGGCUCAGUUGUCCGGAUAAGAAUAUCUGGUAACAAUCAGAAGCAAGAUAUGUACAGGCUUGUCCAUGUCGUAGGUACAAGCAAGGCAUUUGUUCCAUAUAAGAUUGGGGAUAAGACUGCUAAUGUACUGCUUGAAGUCUUAAACUUAAACAAGAAAGAGAUUGUUCCUAUUGAUUCUAUUUCAAAUCAAGAUUUCUCUGAGGAUGAAUGCAGAAGAUUACGUCAGAUUAUAAAAUGUGGGCUUGUAAAGCAGCUGACCAUAGGCGACAUACAGAAGAAAGCAAUGGAACUCCGUGCAGUAAAACUCAACGAUACUUUGGAAGAAGAGAUACUGCGACUCAACAAUCUUCGUGAUAGAGCAAGUGAGAAAGGGCGUAAGAAAGAGCUCAGAGAAUGUGUAGAGAAACUAGAGCUUCUGAAGACUCCUGAGGAACAUCAGCGGAGGCUACUUGCAACUCCAGAAGUGCAUGCUGAUCCAAAGAUGGAUCCUAAUUAUGAAACUGAAGAAGAUGCUAGAGAAUCUGACGACAAAAAACAAGUUGAAUAUGGGGGGCCAAGAUACACUAGAUUUUGUAGAAGGGAAAACAAGCCUAUGUCUUCAUGGAGGAAAGAUAAAGAGGGAUCUAUCAUGGCUCGAUGUAAAGUUAGUGAAAAAAGAGAGGCUCAUGGAAAUAUUAUGAAGAAACUAGGGAAUCAAGGUACUGCAUGUCAGGUUGUGGAUAGGUCUGCAUCUGAAACUUCAAUUACAAGCUUCUCUACAGUGAACUCAACAUUCACCAACAAUAGUGACACAGACAAGCUUUGGCAUUACCGUGACCCUAGUGGUAGAAUACAAGGACCAUUUUCAGUGACGCAGUUGAGGAAAUGGAAUAAAUCGGGGCUUUUCCCACUUGAUAUGAGGAUAUGGAUAAAAGGUGAGUAUGAUGACUCGGUACUUUUAACUAAUGCACUAAAAGGGCUGUUCGAUAAAUCCCCUCAGGUUCAUGGUGAGUUUUCACACCAGUCUCAGGAGCUUGGUGCUACUUCUGUUAACAGUAGUGUUGGGUGGUGUGGAAGUGCAACUGGAAUAGGAAGAGAAUGUGGAGAGAAGGAGGUACCUUGGCACCUCCGUAUUACAAAUAAUCAUUCUAAUGGUAACACUGAGACUGCGAGGAUGGAUGGGCUGUCCUCAUCUUCGCCACAAUGUUUGGACUUGAAUAAUUCUUAUUCUGACAAACCCCAUCCAUCCAGCCCUGAACCGUCAUCCAGUCAUGGGAACAUGCGCGGAGCUCCUUCCCAUGGGAAAAGAUGCCAUGAAAUUGUUGAUUUUCAGUCCAGCACAGGUCAUAUGGUUCAGGACUCAAGUAGAAGCGGCUGCAAUCAUAGUAUGCAAUCCCACAGUCAGAGGCAUUUAGGGCAGUCUUGUGGACAGAACUGGGAACCCUCAAACAGUAAUAGAAGUUCUAGUUUUGCUUCAGUUACCAAGUCAAGUGAUUCAUUUCAACAGAAAGGUAUCACGAGUUAUCCGGAUCUGCCAAGUCCAACCCCCAAAACAAGCUAUGACGAUGUUGAUGCUCAGGCUGCUGAAGAGCUACUUUCUUUGAGUUUGGUUGUUCCAGUUUGUGCUUCAAAUAUUCAGGAUUUGCCAAGUCCUACACCAGAAUUGGAAGAAGAAGCUACAGUUGGGCAGGCUGCAGCAAACAAAGAUUCUCUAACUUCUAGUUUUCCUGUUCAGGAUUCAGGUCCUAGUUGGAGCAGUGCUUCUAGUCUGGUGAUCGAUGGGGCCCAACUUCCUGAAAUAGCUAAUGGAUUGGGUGGACCAGCUGCGAAACCAUCUAUAGACUCUGAUCUUAUCUCUGAUUCUGCACUGAAACCUGCUGAAGCAGUGGGUGAUAAUGUCGACACACCUACAUCAGAUGUCAACCAACUGAAACCAGCUGAAGCAGUGGGUGAUCAUGUUGACACACCUACAUCAGAUGUCAACCAAGUGAAACUAGCUGAAGCAGUGGGUGAUCAUGUUGACACACCUACAUCAGAUGUCAACCAACUGAAACCAGCUGAAGCAGUGGGUGAUCAUGUUGACACACCUACAUCAGAUGUCAACCAACUGAAACCAGCUGAAGCAGUGGGUGAUCAUGUCGACACACCUGCAUCAGAUGUCAACCAACUCAAUAAUAAUUCCUCAUCUCAUCCAAUCUCAAACUUUUCCGAUUGGCGAGCAAUCUUUGGUGAGCCAAUAGAGUUCAGCACUUUAUAUGAGGAAUCCGUGUCAGACCUAUUAGCUGAAGUUGAUGCAAUGGAAUCUCAAACUCAAAGUGGUAUGGGUUCACCAACCUCCGCCAUGAGGUUCUGUGAGGAGACGAUAUCUGUAUGUAGAAGUGACUUUUUCAGCUUUUUUGAGGAGCUUAGUCCCACACCUGACCCUGCAAAAAAUGAUGCCUUGAGCUCCACUGAAGAUAUGCAAUUACCUUGUCAAUCCUCUCUGACAAAUGAACUAGCGAGGACAUCACAGGCUGAAGCUUUUGAUCCUUUUAAGAGGUCUAGCAGGACUUCAUCUACUAGCAGUGAGGGAGAAACAAAGUCAGCUGAUAUUUCCUUUUCCCAGGGGGAAACUGGGUUCAACAUACCUACACCCUGCACCACGGGGAAAACUGCACUUUCAGUCAUCAACCAGCGUACUGAACUGGAAGCUAUAACCACCGACUGUCGUGCAGCACCUGGAAACAUGACUUAUGGUGGACCAGUUCAGGGAUUCACAAAUGUUAAUCAAGGUAGCAGCAUGGGGACUGCAUGCGGACAUUCAAACACGAAUGAUUCCCCUUUCACCGGGAAUACAUUGUCUGAAAGCCAGUGUAUAUACUCAGGGGAGAGGUCUGGUGGUCCAAGAGACUGGGUUAUUCCAGUAGGGGACUCGGGAUUUGGAAGGGAUAGGUAAUUGUAGUGCAGACAGCCAUUUGGUGGCAGGGGAUACUCUGAACCUCCCCCAAAAUGACAAUGUGUUGGCAAAUUUUAUGAGAGUGGACUUUGCAAGAAGGGGGCUUUAUGCGACUAUUUGCACUUUUGAGAAGGUAUGAAUUUAAAGGUGAAUUCGAACAACCAUUUUUUUAGUAGGAUGAUCAAGAUGUAGCUAAAAUAUUAGUAUAAUUUUUUAGCUGAUCAAAUUUCAGUCAAAGAAGGCAGGAUACAAAAAAAGAAUUCCCACUGAACCAUAAUGGUAACCAGGUAGAAACUAGUACACUAAAGCAGACAAAAAUAAUUGUAUCAUUCUUGUAUUUGAUCCUGAAAUUGUUGCUCUAUGUACAAACUACAGCAGUGAAUUGAUGAUAGUCAAGAAUUUGUACGUAUACAUUAGAGAUGAGAGCUUUUGCUCUUUCGAGAUUGAUUAGUUUUCACUCUCAA